AUGGGUGGGCGCCGGCAGCCAGGACUCUGGCCCAACUUGACUGAAAGCAGCUUCAAUCAGUGCAAACUGCCCUGAGUCAAGGAAGUAUGCUGAGAUUUUGCUGUCCUGGAGGACCAUACCCUGGCUCACAGCCUGCAGGAACAAGAGAUUUAGCAUCUUUUGGCAUCAAACAUUCAGCGAAACCGUCUGGUUCAACAUGAUCUCCAAGUGGCUAAGCAACUCCAAGAGGAAGAUCCAAAAGCUCAGGCUCAGCUCCAAAAGUGUUACAAAGACCUUGAACAGCAAGACUGUGAAAUUGCUCAGGAAAUUCAGGAGAAGCUUGCAAUUGAAGCAGAGAGACAAUGCUUUCAAGUGAAGAAAGAUAAGGGCAUAGCUUGCAUUUUGCAAGAAAAGAAAUUACAGGGGGAAAAAAGGAGAAAGAAACUUUCCAGAGCCAUUCCAGAAUCCUCUGGAGCUAGUGUGUAUAGAGAUAGUUACUAUUAUGAAAAUGGAGUAACAAAACCUAGAGGAGUGAAAGAAUCUGUCUCUACUCCAUUGCAAGUGACACAUAGGGAUCGAUGGUAUGAUGCAGAAAUCACCAAAAAGCUGCAAGAAGAACUUUUGGCUACCCAGGUGGAUAUGAGAGCAACUCAAGUAGCCUGGGAUGAGGCAAUUGCUCGACUGCUAAUGGCUGAGGAGAAGAAAGCUUACAAGAAAUCCAAGGAAUACGAGAAAUCACCUUUAGACAAAAGGAAGCAUGACACCAAGUGUAAACCCAAAACAUCUAAAUCAGCCCACCCAAAGUCAAAAGAGAAUGUUGAACCUCUCUGUUUUAGGAGUGAUAGGCCAGCAAGGCCUCCACCCCCUGCCAUGACAGAUGCUGAGGAUUUGGAUUAUAUUCAUUUUAUAAACCAGCAUAAUUCCACACAUCAUUUCUCAGAAUUCUCUCAUAAAGUUUUCCAUUACAAGCAGUAA